AUGCAGGCCGCCCAGGAGAAGGGGAGGAGGUAGGAUGGGGGAGGGGAGAGUUUCAGGGUGGGACAGGAUUAAAGGAAGGGAGGAGAAGGAAUUUAAUUCUCCCAACUCCCGGCUAUUCAUCCAUUGUUCAGAAGGGGAUCAAUUUACCUCGCAAAAAUUCCCAAUCUCUUUUAAAAACUAAUACCCAAUUCCAAUCACAACUGCAAUAAUGCAUAUCUUGUAAAAGGGGCCACAGUGCGACCUUAGGCUUGUCUAUAUUGAAUGCCUGCUGCCUGUUGGCCCACUUUGCCUUGAAAUACUGCAGCACAGGACAACCACCACAGCCCUCUGGAUUGAUAGAAACAUGGCAGCACCCCCAAUCCCUACGCCAGUGGGAGCUGCAUUCUCCUCCCCACAGUAGGUGUUUGUCUGGAUCAGAGGAACCACACCAGAACAUAGUGAGAGAGAGAGAUGGGACUGGGGCGGUUGUCCUGUCCUACAGUGGGUUUGUGGUGUAAUGAGGCGGUGGUUCUGUGCCAGUCAGUGUUGGAGGUAGUGGGAGAACGGAGCCAGACCCAUGAACUCUGGGGUACAGUGGAGGUUUUGGCGUGUGUGUGUGUUAUUGCCACAGUGUGUGUGUGUUAUUGCCACAGUGUGUGUGUGUGUGUCAGUGUGUGUGUGUUAUUGCCACAGUGUGUGUGUGUUGUUGCCACAGUGUGUGUGUGUUAUUGCCACAGUGUGUGUGUGUGUUAUUGCCACAGUGUGUGUGUGUGUUAUUGCCACAGUGUUUGUGUGCUAUUGCCACAGUGUGUGUGUGUUAUUGCCACAGUGUGUGUGUGUGUUAUUGCCACAGUGUGUGUGUUUUGCCACAGUGUGUGUUAUUGCCACAGUGUGUGUGUGUUAUUGCCACAGUGUGUGUGUGUGUUAUUGCCACAGUGUGUGUGUGUUACUGCCACAGUGUGUAUGUGUUAUUGCCACAGUGUGUGUGUGUUAUUGCCACAGUGUGUGUGUUAUUGGCACAGUGUGUGUGUGUUAUUGCCAUUGCCAGGGGCAUCAGGAAUGUGUAACCCCUCUUCCAUCUCCCUCCCUCCAUGCUCAGGCAUGGCCGCUGUCUGAUCAGAUGGCCGAUCAAACACUAAUCAUUCCCUCACGGCCCAUAGCGAAGUAAAGCUGUCAUUAAUUUUGCGGAAUUACGUCAAAUGUGAGGCAUUCUUUAUGUGUCCGGGAGGCCGCGAGACAGUUAUACGAUGUGGGGCUGCUGCGCUAAGCAGAUGGGGCAGCUAGGCCGUGCAUACUAAAUACCCACCCACCGUCCAUCCCCCACUCCUCCACCUCACCCCCUCUCACUCUGUUUUACUCCCUCCUUUCAGUGACUCUGUUACUUACCCUCUCCUUCACUCCCCCCUCCUCCACUCCUCAACCCCUCACCCACUCGUUUUACUCUGUUACUUACCCUCCCCCCCUCCCCCCCCCUGUUUACCCCCAUAACCUGUUCUUACCCUCUCCUUCACUCCUCCACUCCUCCACCUCACCCCCUCUCACUCUGUUUUACUCCCUCCUUUCAGUGACUCUGUUACUUACCCUCUCCUUCACUCCCCCACUCCUCCACUCCUCCACCUCACCCCCUCUCACUCUGUUUUACUCCCUCCUUUCAGUAACUCUGUUACUUACCCUCUCCUUCACUCCCCCACUCCUCCACCUCACCCCCUCACUCUGUUUUACUCCCUCCUUUCAGUAACUCUGUUACUUACCCUCUCCUUCACUCCCCCACUCCUCCACCUCACCCCCUCUCACUCUGUUUUACUCCCUCCUUUCAGUAACUCUGUUACUUACCCUCUCCUUCACUCCCCCACUCCUCCUCUCCUCCACCUCACCCCCUCUCACUCUGUUUUACUCCCUCCUUUCAGUGACUCUGUUACUUACCCUCUCCUUCACUCCCCCACUCCUCCUCUCCUCCACCUCACCCCCUCUCACUCUGUUUUACUCCCUCCUUUCAGUGACUCUGUCACUCCUCCUCUCCUCCUUUGCUCUUUUCCUUUGUCUUCUACCCUUCCAGUGCCUUUGCUCAACUCAAUUAUCAUAUAACCCUUAUCGGUUACACCCUUCCUCUCCUCCUCCUCUUCCUCCCCCUCCCCCUCCAGCCAUGGGUGGGUCUUGGAGGGCAUAGGCCCACCUACUUGGCAGCCAGGCCCACCCACUGGAGAGCCAGGCCCAACCAAUCAGAAUGAGUUUUUCCCCACAAAAGGACUUUAUUACAGACAGAAAUACUCCUCAGCAUUCAGAGAAAUACAUUUGAGAGAAAUAAGCUUUUGGUGCGUAUGGAACAUUUCUGGAAUUUUUUAUUUCGGCUCAUGAAACAUGGGACCAACAGUUUACAUGUUGCGUUCAUAUUUAUGUUUAGUGUAUAAAGGUCCCUGUGAAGGGUUUCCUUGGUAACGGAUGGGUGCUAUGGUCAAGGUACAGUUUAUAGCUACUGCAUACCUGCCAUUCCCUUUGAAUGAGACAUGUACUGUCUAUAGUGCAGUAAACUAGCACAGACCAAGACUGAACCUGAACUACAACCUGCACAUAUUUUCUAAUGUCUUGAGAUAUAUCCAAAGCCCAUCUCUUACCAGUCUGACCAGCAGUUGACAGACAGUGUAGGCUGCUACUCGACACAGAGGCCAAAAUGUAUAGUACAGCUAGGUCACAACAUCCCAGUGUUGUGAUACGUUAGCCCAUUAGAACUCUGACCAGGUUUAUGCUGCUAAAAGGAAAAUCAACACCAAGCCAUAAUUCUCUACCGGGCUUCCACACCAUUUAUUAAUAUAGAUUUUCUAAAAAAUUAAUUAAUACAGACAGAAAUUGGAGAGAGGAAUUAAGGAAGAGGGCGGAGGACAAGAGGGUGUGUCAAAGAGAGAGAGAGAGAGAGAGAGCUCUGACAGGAGAUGGCUAGCCGGGCCUGCAGUCAGAACAGAAGACUGUGAUCAGCAAGGUCCGUAACACGCUGUCCUACAACCAUUCAUCACCUGUGUGUGUGUGUGUGUGUGUGUGUGUGUGUGUGUGUGUGUGUGUGUGUGUGUGCCAGCCAACUCCACUCUGUUAAAACCAUCUUAACACUCUUUAUUGGCUACUCUUACACAGUAGACUGUCUGUCUGCAAACAAUUAACUACUUCUAAUAGCCACCUUAUUUGGAUGAGGAUCCAAAUAGGUGUAGUUCAUGGUCACAUUAGAAGCAAUAGGAGGAAAAAACGACAAGAAAGAAAUGACAAGAAACCUUCAUGAUCAGGAACUGUUCUGUAACAUGGAAAGCCAGGGGGGAGUAUUGUCUUACCUUAGCACCGCUAUCUGCACUGGUUGUUGGAGGAACUAUGGCGGAACUAUAGCAUUGUGUAGGGGUGACGUCAACUGUCAGAAGACAAUGAAAUCAGGAGACCUUUGUAUUGAUAUCAUUUGAAUGUGCCUACUGUAUUUUGUUGAAGUGUAGCUGAGUAACAUGCAAUAACUGAUCUAACAAAAGAGGAAGGGAUCAUUUGCUUUAUACAUAUCAUCAUAAUCUAGAAACAUUUCCCAUAAUUACAGCUGGUAGAAGACAAUUUCCAGUUCUGACUUACAGGAAUAGACUGUGAACCUGACAUGGUGAAGGCAUCUGUCUAGUGUUCAUCUACAGUAUAUCAACUGAGAGUGGAGGUUCUGGAGGCUUCAUACAGGUUUGGUUAAAGUACACUGCCAUCUGGUGUCCACUGAGGCAGAUUCUACCGGGACAAUGAGGGGACUACACUGCAUCAUGUUUCUCCACCCUUCUCUCAAAGUGUGCACUUGUUGCACACUUCCCAUCAUGGAUUUACAGUGCCUUGCAAAAGUAUUCAUCCCCCUCUGCAUUUUUCCAAUUUUGUUGCAUUACAUUACAUUUUUACAUUUUAGUCAUUUAGCAGACGCUCUUAUCCAGAGCGACUUGAGUACAUUCAUAAUUUUUGAUCUCAGUAUAUAUACACCUGUUCUGAAAGGCCCCAGAGUCUGCAACACCACUAAGCAAGGGGCACCACCAAGCAAGCGGCACCAUGAAGACCAAGGAGCUCUCCAAACAGGUCAAGAACAAAGUUGUGGAGAAGUACAGAUCAGGGUUGGGUUAUAAAAAAAAAUCUGAAUCUUUGAACAUCCCACAGAGCACCAUUAAAUCCAUUAUUAAAAAAUGGAAAGAAUAUGGCACUACAACAAACCUGCCAAGAGAGGGCCGCCCACAAAAACUCACGGACCAGGCAAGGAGGGCAGUCAUCAGAGAGGCAACAAAGAGACCAAAGAUAACCCUGAAGGAGCUGCAAAGCUCCACAGCAGAGAUUGGAGUAUCUGUCCAUAGGACCACUUUAAGCCGUACACUCCACAAAGCUGGGCUUUACGGAAGAGUGGCCAGAAAAAAGCCAUUGCUUAAAGGAAAAAAUAAGCAAACACGUUUGGUGGUUCGCCAAAAGGCAUGUGGGAGACCUCUCCCCAAAACAUAUGGAAGAAGGUACUCUGGUUCAGAUGACACUAGAAUUGAGCUUUUGGCCAUGGUCAACGUCAAUACGCUUGGUCUGGCGCAAACCCAACACCUUCAUCACCCAGAAACACCAUGUUUUUUAUCGGCAGGGACGGCAAAAAAAACUGGUCAAAUUGAAGGAAUGAUGGAUGGCGCUAAAUACAGGUAAAUUCUUGGGGAAACCUGUUUCAGUCUUCCAGAGAUUUGAGACUGGGACAGAGGUUCACCUUCCAGCAGGACAAUGACCCUAACCAUACUGCUAAAGCAACACUCGAGUGGUUUAAGGGGAAACAUUAAAGUCAGCAAAUGCCUAGCAGCCCUACCUAAUCCAUUGAGAAUCUGUGGUAAUAAAGAUUGCUGUACAACCAGCGGAACCCAGACUUAUAAAAUUAUAAAUCAUCCAUUUAGGACGCUUUAUAAGCGGUAUACUGCAUACAUUUUUUGUGUAUGGGGCGGAUACUACCUUAGCGUGAACCCGUGCCAACCUGAGAGUAAGGACACACUUGGAGCUGAGCAGUUUUGCCUUGAAAAUGGCAAAAAUCCCAGGCAGGGUGCCAAGCUUAUAGAGACAUACCUCAAGAGACUUGCAGCUGUAAUUGCUGAAAAAGGUGGCUCUACAAAGUAUUGACUUUGGGGGGGGGGGGGGGGGGGUGAAUAGUUAUGCAUGCUCAAGUUUUCUGUUUUUUUGUCUUAUUUCUUGUUUGUGUAACAAAACAAAAUAUGUUGCAUCUUGUGGUAGGCAUGUUGAAUAAAUCAAAUGAUACAAACCCCCAAAAAAUCCAUUUUAAUUCCAGGUUGUAAGGCAACCAAAUAGGAAAAAUGCCAAGGGGGUGAAUACUUUCGCAAGAAACUGUACCAAUGGUGGAAACACCCUCUAGCCAAUGAUUACACUAAUCCAAUGCUUUUAAAUUCAUGAGUGCACACAUUGGACUCGUUCGAGCGGAUCACUUUUGUCAAGACAUUGACCAAUGUUGGUCACCGCCUUUCAAAGUGUGUUACAUUAUGGGUAUAGAAAUUGUCCGACAUGCUGUCGACUGCAACAACCAUACUGUAUGAUCAAAGGUCAUGAACUUUUGACUGCAGUCAACUGGACAUUUCUGCAGUCGCUCCUCACCAACUGCAACUUGAAGUCAGAACCAAAGCAUUGUGGGAGACAACCUUCUUCUGUUUUUUUGGAAGCAAAAAGCACUACAUGCUCAUAAAUUGUUGAUGUCGCCACCUAUCAUUGUUUAUUAUUUACUGUUUUAGGUGGAUGACUAUUUAGAGCUUAAAUAUUAUUUAUCCUCACAUCCUUACUAUCUAAUUACAUAGACCUACAUGUGAUCCACAUUUCUAAGAUAAAUAAAUGAAAUAUCCUACUUCCAACAACAUAGCUAACGUAUUUCUCUAGAUGUUACUGUAAUGUUGUAUGCCAUGGUAUAGCCUACAAUUUUUCUUAUCUGUAAUAUUGUUGUCACCAAACAAAUUCAAAUUUGUUGGUUGUCUAUUAAGUGUGAAUAAAAUUGAAUACAUAUUGUAGGCUACAAAUGGGUAAUUGUAGGGGAUUUCUACACUGGCAAUUUUAGAGGCUUAAUCUGUGUCCGGAAAACUGGCCCUCAAGUACUCCAGACACCAGUCGUGAGUGUUUGUCCUUCAUGUGAUUGAAUCAAAUUCUGUUCUCUAUGCACUCACUACCUGGUUAUAUUUUGAAAAAAACAUCACAAAAAUACAAAACCUCGGUUCGAGCCUCGGUUUGAGACGAAUCAGGUGGAAGUGGUACUCGUUUAGCAAGCAGCGUGACGUCCGUUAUACAAGUCUGCCUAAAACAUCUCCAUUGGCUACUCUUGGUUCGCUAUUUUACAAACCUGUAUAAUUUAUAAACAUUUACCCACUCAUUACUGACACCACACAUUUACACCCAUACACACAACCGACUCACAACUACAUUGAUGCUAUAGUGAUUAUUGAUUAGAUUUAUUACUACCAUUACGCUUCUGUUCAUUGAUUAUUGAUUUUCCAUUACCAUUUGUAUCUAUCAAUUUAUCUUGCUACUGGUCACUCUUACUCCUGUUUACAUAUAUAUAUAUAUAUAUAUAUAUAUAUUAUCAUUAGUAUGUUACCAAUAAUAUUUAUAUAUUCCUGCUACCAGUCACUUUUCAGCCCUAUUUACAGGUACAGUGCAUUCGGAAAGUAUUCAGACCCCUUGACUUUUUCCACAUUUUGUUACGUUACAGCCUUAUUCUGAAAUUGAUUAAAUUAAUUUUUUUCCUCAUCAAUCUACACAUAAUACCCCAUGAUGACAAAGAGAAAACAUAAAUUUUAGCAAAUGUAUUAAAAUAAAACAUAUAUAUAUAUAUAUAUAUAUAUAUAUAUAUAUAGUGGCGGCAGGUAGCUUAGUGGUUAAGAGCGUUGUGCCAGUAACCGAAAGGUCACUAGUUCUAAUCCCCGAGCCGACUAGGUGAAAAAUCUGUCGAUGUGCCCUUGAGCAAGGCACUUAACCCUAAUUGCUCCUGUAAGUCGCUCUGGAUAAGAGCGUCUGCUAAAUGACUAAAAUGUAAAUGUAAAUAUAGUAUUCAGACCCUUUGCUAUGAGACUCGAAAUUGAGCUCAGGUGCAUCCUGUUUCCAUUGAUCAUCCUUGAGAUGUUUCUACAAAUUGACUGGAGUCCACCUGUGGUAAAAUCAGUUGAUUGGACAUGAUUUGGAAAGGUACACACCUGUCUAUAUAAGGUCCCACAGUUGACAGUGCAUGUCAGAGCAAAAACCAAGCCAUGAGGUGGAAGGAAUUGUCCAUAGAGCUCUGAGACAGGAUUGUGUCGAGGCACAGAUCUGGGGAAGGGUACCAAAAAAUGUCUGCAGCAUUGAAGGUCCCCAAGAACACAGUGGCCUCCAUCAUUCUUAAAUGGAAGAAGUUUGGAACCACCAAGACUCUUCUUAGAGCUGGCCACCUGGCCAAACUGAGCAAUCGGGGGAGAAGGGCCUUGGUCAGGGAAGUGACCAUGAACCCGAUGGUCACUCUGACAGAGCUCCAGAGUUAUUCUGUGGAGAUGGGAGAACCUUCCAGAAGGACAACAAUCUCUGCAGCACUCCACCAAUCAGGACUUUAUGGUAGAGUGGCCAGACGGAAGCCACUCCUCAGUAAAAGGCACAUGACAGCCCGCUUGGAGUUUGCCAAAAGGCACCUAAAGGACUCUCAGACCAUGAGAAACAAGAUUCUCUAGUCUGAUGAAACCAAGAUUGAAGUCUUUGGCCUGAAUGCCAAGUGUCACGUCUGGAGGAACCCUGGCACCAUCCCUACGGUGAAGCAUGGUGGUGGCAGCAUCAUGCUGUGGGGAUGUUUAUAUUAUACAUUAUUAUUAUGUAUCUUUUUUUAAAUUAUAUUUUCUAUUAGAACUUGUAUUAUUAUUGCCUUCACUGCAUUUAGUACAUUGUUGGGAAAGAGCUCUCAAGGUAAGAAUUCCACUGUACUGUUUUACAUAUGUUGCACGUGGCGAAUAAACUUUGGACAUGUCCCCCUCCACAUUCUGAAAUUGCAUUUUUGUCCCCCCCAGUUUUAUCAUUGGAAUGUGAUACAAAACAAGGCAAUGGUGUGCUUUAGGACCAUGCGGACGCCUCCGAGCGGUCGGGUAGGCUGUUUGGAGUGUUUAUCCGACUGGAUAAAAAAAUAUAUAUAUACCGUACCAGUCAAAAGUUUCGACACCUACUCAUUCAAGGGUUUUCCUUUAUUUUUACUAUUUUCUACAUUGUAGAACAAUAGUUAAGACAUCAAAACUAUGAAAUAACACAUAUGGAAUCAUGUAGUAACCAAACACGUGUUAAACAAAUCAAAAUAUAUUUUAGAUUUUAGAUUCUUCAAAUAGUCCACCCUUUGCCUUGAUGACAGCUUUGAACCCUCUUGGCAUUCUCUCAACCAGCUUCAUGAGGAAUGCUUUUCCAACAGUCUUGAAGUACUUCCCACAUAUGCUGAGCACUUGUUGGCUGCUUUUCCUUCACUCUGCGGUCCAACUCAUCCCAAACCAUCUCAAUUGGGUUGAGGUCGGGUGAUUGUGGAGGCAAGGUCAUCUGAUGCAGCACUCUAUCACUCUCCUUGGUCAAAUAGCCCUUACACAGCCCGGAGGUGUAUUUUGGGUCAUUGUCCUGUUGAAAAAUAAAUGAUAGUCCCACUAAGUGCAAACCAGAUGGAAUGGCGUAUCGCUGCAGAAUGCUGUGGUAGCCAUGCUGGUUAAGUGUGCCUUGUACUCUAAAUAAAUCAAAGACAGUGUCACCAGCAAAGCACCCCCACAACAUCACACCUCCUCCUCCAUGCUUCACGGUGGGAACCACACAUGUGGAGAUCAUCCAUUCACCUACUCUGCGUCUCACAAAGACACAGCGUUGGAACCAAACAUCUCAAAUUUGGACUCUUCAGACCAAAGGACGGAUUUCAACCGGUCUAAUGUCCAUUGCUCGUGUUUCUUGGCCCAAGCAAGUUUCUUCUUCUUUUUGGUGUCCUUUAGUAGUGGUUUAUUUGCAGCAAUUCGACCAUGAAGGCCUGAUUCACGCAGUCUCCUCUGAACAGUUGAUGUUGAGAUGUGUCUGUUACUUGAACUCUCUGAAGCAUUUAUUAACUCUAAUGAACUUAUCCUCUGCAUCAGAGCUAACUCUGGGUCUUCCUUUCCUAUGGCGGUCCUCAUGAGAGCCAGUUUCAUCAUAGCGCUUGAUGAUUUUUGCAACUACACUUGAAAAAACUUUCACAUUUCUUGAAAUGUUCCAUAUUGACUGACCUUCAUGUCUUAAAGUAAUAAUGGACUGUCAUUUCUCUUUGCUUAUUUGAGCUGUUCUUGCCAUAAUAUGGACUUGGUCUUUUACCAAAUAGGGCUAUCUUCCGUAUACCACCCCUACCUUGUCACAACACAACUGAUUGGCUCAAACGCAUUAAGAAGGAAAGAAAUUCCAAAAAAAAAAAUUUUUAACAAAGCACACCUGUUAAUUGAAAUGCAUUCCAGGUGACUUCCUCAUGAAGCUGGUUGAGAGAAUGCCAAUAGUGUGCUAAGCUGUCAUCAAGGCAAAGGGUGGCUACUUUGAAGAAUCUGAAAGCAAAAUAUGUUUUAUUGUGAAACAAACAAGAAAUAAGACAAGAAAACAGAAAACUUGAGCGUGCAUAACUAUUCUCCCCCCCCAAAGUCAAUACUUUGUAGAGCCACCUUUUUGCAGCAAUUACAGCUGCAAGUCUCUUGGGGUAUGUCUCUAUAAGCUUGGCACAUCUAGCUAAUGGGAUUUUAGCCCAUUCUUCAAGGCAAAACUGCUCCAGCUCCUUCAAGUUGGAUGGGUUCCGCUGGUGUACAGUAAUCUUUAAGUCAUACCACAGAUUCUCAAUUGGAUUGAGGUCUGGGCUUUGACUAGGUCAUUCCAAGACAUUUAAAUGUUUCCUCUUAAACCACUUGAGUGUUGCUUUAGCAGUAUGCUUAGGGUCAUUAUCCUGCUGGAAGGUGAACCUCCGUCCCAGUCUCAAAUCUCUGGAAGACUGAAACAGGUUUCCCUCAAGAAUCUCCCUGUAUUUAGAUCCAUCCAUCAUUCCUUCAAUUCCGACCAGUUUCCCAGUCCCUGCCGAUGAAAAACAUGGAUGAUGUUCUCGGGGUGAUGAGAGGUGUUGGGUUUGCGCCAGACAUAGCGUUUUCCUUGAUGGCCAGAAAGCUCAAUUUUAGUCUCAUCUGACCAGAGUUCAAAGCUUGCUUAGUGUAUAUAUUCUGACCAGAGUUCAAAGUCUCAUCUGGGAUGUUCAAAGCUUGCUUAGUGGUGUUGCAGACUCUGGGCCCUUUCAGAACAGGUGUAUAUAUUCUGAGAUCACGUGACACUUCGAUUGCACACAGGUGGACUUUACAGUUACAUUUUAGUCAUUUAGCGGACGCUCUUAUCCAGAGCAACUUACAGUUAGUGAGUGAACAUUUCCAUUACAUGAAAUCCAAAUAAGAAUCCAUUUAAAUUACAGAUUGUAAUGCAACAAAAUAGGAAAAACACCAAGGGGGAUGAAUACUUUUGCAAGGCACUGUAUAUGUCUUCGUCAUCCCUUCAACCCCCCCCCCCCCCCAACCCCCCUCCCCUCCCCGCCCACACCACACCACACUUCUAAAACCAAAAUUGCGCCCCUGGAUAAGCAUGAUAAACAUUUUGGCUAUUACAAUUUAUAAGCAUCAUAUGCUGUCAACACACGUCACCUGCCAAUGCUGCCAUGCAUGCCAUGCUCAAGUGUCACUCAGGAGUAAAUUAAGACUUCUGUUUUUCCUGGAGAUGGGCAAGUAAUUCAUAGCCUAUCAUUUUACAGGACUAAACAAGACCAUAUUGGGAGCAGGCAGCUAUGAUGAACAGUAGGCAAUUAUAGCAAUUAUACAUUUUGUUGUUGUUGCAAAUGCAAUGGAUAUGGUUUCUCGCAUCAAAAUCGCCUCCUCAUCCAGUAUUUCGCAAUUCAUAUUAAUCCCGAUGAGUUGUUUUUCUCUGCGCAUUAAUGACUUCCCGCUGUAUUCGGACCGUUUAUUCUAAGGCCAUGGCAUGACCAAUGUGAGUGCGCGCUUAUUGGAAUCGGCGAGAAAAACAUAAUGAACCAGAAGCCAUGGACUGGAAAAGCAUCAAAUUACAGUAGAACGUCAUGCACCUUCAAGCAUCUACUCUGUAUUUGGGGGUUGUAGUUUUUAUUCUAUAAUCUCUAGCUUUAGAUCUGUGCUUCAGCCAAUCAUAAAGAACAGCAGUUCCCAUAAUACAGCAAAACAAACCACAACUCUGUCAUGCCUGUGUUUAUGUUAUUGUUCUUGGUUAGUGGAACAGCUGUGCCGAAAAGUUGUGCAUCUUUAAAAUCGUUACAUCGUUUUCUGACACCGUUUUCUGCCUCCCUUUAAUCUAAUAGGGACGGCUCAAUUGGAGACCAAAAAGGCCGGAAUAAGGUACGUCUCAGUAGAAGAAACUGUCGAUUUGUAUCUGCGUAGAGUUCUCCCUCUGCAGACAAAGGAAAACGAGCUUAUUGUCUUAUUUAGUGACGCUGACGCACAAGUAUUUGUUGAUGGUGCACAAGUUUUCUUUUCUACUUCAGAUGACGGUGAGAUCGGUGAAUGGCCCGGAUGGUCCUGAUUAUUAUGGCUUUUGCGCAUGAAGAUCGCACACACCAUGCGUUUCUUUUGUACUAACUAGUCUAGGACAAUGGUUCCCAAUCUUUUUCCGUUACUUUACCACCAACUGAAUUUUGCUUUACCCGGAGUACCCCUGAAGUACCCCCUCAUGUGCAUUUCUACCAGUAGGCCUAUGAUCUCAUGAGUCUUCUCAAGUACCCCCUGUGGAUAGGCCAAGUGCCCCCAGGGAUCCUAGUACCCCUAUUUGGGAACCACUGGUCUAGUGCGUACACUGGAGGCUACAGCUGCUAGGCUACUGGGCCUUGUCUUGAACACUCACACAGUUUAUAGGUCUUUUUUGUUUGAUCUUAUAUAGUAAAAUAAGUCGUUUUUUUUAUCACAGAUUGUAUUGUUUGUGGACUUUUGUUAAUUUCUAACAAAAUAAACAUAACAUAAACAUUCAUUAAUGCUCUCGUCAGGUGGAAUAAUGGCAGCAGGUUGUUUUUGUUGUGCUUAUUAAUGGGUUGUACAUGUCUUAUAAAGGUGGUAUUACCUAAUACACAGUCAAAUAAAAUCAAAUGUUAUUGGUCCUGUACACAUAUUUUUCAGAUGUUGUUGCGGGUGUAGCGAAAUGCUUAUGUUGCUAGCUCCAACAGUGCAGUAAUACCUAACAAUACAAAAUAAUACACGCAAAUCCAAAAAUAAAAAUAAAGGAAUUAAGAAAAAUAGAAAUAUUAGAACGAGCAAUGUCAGAGUCAGGAAUAUGAAUAUAUAUAUGUAUAUGAUGGUGUGCAUAGACAUAUAAAUAGUCUGUGACAGUGUUGUUGCCAUUUGGCAGAGUGUCUGUGUGUGUGUGUGUGUUGUCAUGUAGUAGAGAUAGGGGAUCAUGGUAGUUAUGGGCCACACUGUCAUCAAGGUGUUAGUAUCCCAGGGGGCUGGGGGUGUCAGGGGCUAGGGGGUGUCCUUCCCCCAUGCCUCUCCAUGCCCUCCAUAUGCUCAUGAAAGAGAUCCACUUACACUGAACAAACACUCCCAGAGUAGACCUCUCUUUCUCUCAGCCGUUUCUUUCACAGCAGUCACCUCUCACCUACUUCUCCAUGUGCUCCUCUGAACAGGUCCUUGAGUUCCAGACAAAAAUAUAUUGUAUGUCAAAUAUGAGAAAUGAUUUGAGGAUGCCUGACUGUAUUUUUCCUCCCUUUACCAUGCAUCCCCACAGGUGUUCGCCAGUCUACCUGUGUUACUGUGUUGCCAUGGAGAAGGUUUGGAGGGUGGAGUUUAGGAACGUGGGUAGUAGCUACUUCCCUCAGAGCCGCGUGGAGUGCCAUUACAGCAUCAGCUCACAACAUACCUGGGCCAGCCAUGACUGGGUCGGACUCUUCAAGGUAAAGUUAACCUGAUCAAGUUAACCGGAUAACUAAAAACCCAGUGUGAGGAGUGGCAGACUCUGUUGAGUGUAAAUAAAGUGGAAUGCAAAACUAUUCUCGAUGUAUUAAUAACCAGAAUUGUUGUGUGUUUACGUGUGUCUCCCUGUCUAUCUCCCUCUCCACUUGUCGGUCUCUCUCUCUCUUCUUCUCUCUCUGCUGACUACCUCAGGUGGGAUGGUCGUCAGAGAAGGACUACCACACCUUUGUCUGGGCCCUGGCCCCGGCAGGCUACCAGGAGGGCACAGAUGUCAACUGCUGUGUCCAUUUCCAGGGUACUACUCUCUUUUCAAACCCUUCCUCUAAUUCUGACAGUGUGCCUGGUCAACAUGAAUACUCUGUUCAAAGACUAUAGCAUACAUAAAUCCAGUAAAUUACAGGUUUAGGGUACUAAGUAAUGAAAUAAAGAUAGAUAUCCACACUUAAUAAAAGUGUGAGAGCGUUCAACAGUGUGUUGGUAUAUAUCUGUAUUUCACAACGUUCAUACUCUGCCAAGGUCUGUAAGGAAAAGCUCGAACUUUGGAUUGGCCUGUUAGAGGGUACUGUAGGCUUGUGAAUUAGAAAGCAGAAGACUCAUGUAAAUUUUGGUGUUUUCAAGAGGGGGAUGAUAUAGAAUCAGAUGACCAAGAACUCUUCCCAAAAUUUGUGAUCUCUUCUCCUCUCAUCUCUACUGUUUCUCUCCUCAUUCUCUCUCCUCGUCUCUCUUCUCUUUCCGCUCCUCUCUCCAGCUCCCGGUCUUGCUCUCUCCACUGUCGAUUCUAAACAGUCUUGUCGAGGCUGAAAAUUUCCUAGAGAAGAGGACUUGAUAUAGAGGAGAGGAGCGAACAUUGUCGACGACUCUUACGAUCAAUGUACCAAGCUAGAUUCCCCGUCGUCCCUCUUUCCUCAGUGAAGUUAAAUCAUCUUUGUCCGACUCUAUCAUUCACAUGUAAUGAGCUUUGUAAGGAUUAAGGACAAUGUUACAGUAGACAGACAUGCUGAAUAACAACCUACAUUACAGAGUUCAGGGUGAAUAUUAUGGUGUGACAAGUGUCCCCGUCACAGUAUUUACAACUUAUGCUGUGACAAGUGUCCUCACAGUAUUUUACAGACUUUAUACUGUGACAAGUGUCCUCACAGUAGUUUUACAGACUUUAUGCUGUGACAAGUGUCCUCACAGUAGUUUACGGACUUUAUGCUGUGACAAGUGUCCUCACAGUAGUUUCACCAGACUUUAUGCUGUGACAAGUGUCCUCACAGUAGUUUACAGACUUUUGCUGUGACAAGUGUCCUCACAGUAGUUUACAGACUUUAUGACUGUGACAAGUGUCCUCACAGUAGUUUACAGGACUUUAUGCUGUGACAAGUGUCCUCACAGUAGUUUUACAGACUUUAUGCUGUGACAAGUGUCCUCACAGUAGUUUACGACUUUAUGCUGUGACAAGUGUCCUCACAGUAGUUUACAGACUUUAUGCUGUGACAAGUGUCCUCACAGUAGUUUACGACUUUAUGCUGUGACAAGUGUCUUCACAGUAGUUUACAGACUUUAUGCUGUGACAAGUGUCUUCACAGUAGUUUACGGACUUUAUGCUGUGACAAGUGUCCUCACAGUAGUUUACAGACUUUAUGCUGUGACAAGUGUCCUCACAGUAGUUUACAGACUUUAUGCUGUGACAAGUGUCCUCACAGUAGCUUACAGACUUUAUGCUGUGAAAAGUGUCCUCACAGUAGUUUACGGACUUUAUGCUGUGACAAGUGUUUUCACAGUAGUUUACAGACUUUAUGCUGUGACAAGUGUCCUCACAGUAGUUUACAGACUUUAUGCUGUGACAAGUGUCCUCACAGUAGUUUACAGACUUUAUGCUGUGACAAGUGUCCUCACAGUAGUUUACAGACUUUAUGCUGUGACAAGUGUCCUCACAGUAGUUUACAGACUUUAUGCUGUGAAAAGUGUCUUCACAGUAGUUUACGGACUUUAUGCUGUGACAAGUGUCCUCACAGUAGUUUACAGACUUUAUGCUGUGACAAGUGUCCUCACAGUAGUUUACAGACUUUAUGCUGUGACAAGUGUCCUCACAGUAUCUUACAGACUUUAUGCUGUGAAAAGUGUCCUCACAGUAGUUUACAGACUUCAUGCUGUGACAAGUGUCCUCACAGUAGUUUACAGACUUUAUGCUGUGACAAGUGUCCUCACGGUAGUUUACAGACUUUAUGCUGUGACAAGUGUCCUCACAGUAGCUUACAGACUUUAUGCUGUGAAAAGUGUCCUCACAGUAGUUUACAGACUUCAUGCUGUGACAAGUGUCCUCACAGUAGUUUACAGACUUUAUGCUGUGACAAGUGUCCUCUGUCCUCUCAGUGACAGUGCUAGCUGAGGUGAUAAAUCUGACCGGCUAACUACAGAAAGCCAGGCAGAGGAGAGCAGGUGUGUCAUUGAGUUGUGCCAGGGAGAUGAACAGUUAUCAACACUGUCAUUUAUCAUUACAUUUACAUUUACAUUUACGUCAUUUAGCAGACGCUCUUAUCCAGAGCGACUUACAAAUUGGUGCAUUCACCCUAUAGCCAGUGGGAUAACCACUUUAGAAAAAAAAAAAUGGGGGGGGGGGGGGGGGGGGGGGGGCCUAGAAGGAUUACUUUAUCCUAUCCCAGGUAUUCUUUAAAGAGGUGGGGUUUCAAAUGUCUCCCCGGAAGGUGGUGAGUGACUCCGCUGUCCUGGCGUCGUGAGGGAGCUUGUUCCACCAUUGGGGUGCCAGAGCAGCGAACAGUUUUGACUGGGCUGAGCGGGAACUAUGCUUCCGCAGAGGAAGGGGAGCCAGCAGGCCAGAGGUGGAUGAACACAAUGCCCUCGUUUGGGUGUAGGGACUGAUCAGAGCCUGAAGGUACGGAGGUGCCGUUCCCCUCACAGCUCCAUAGGCAAGCACCAUGGUCUUGUAACAGAUGCGAGCUUCAACUGGAAGCCAGUGGAGUGUGCGGAGGAGCGGGGUGACGUGAGAGAACUUGGGAAGGUUGAACACCAGACGGGCUGCGGCAUUCUGGAUGAGUUGUAGGGGUUUAAUGGCACAGGCAGGGAGCCCAGCCAACAGCGAGUUGCAGUAAUCCAGACGGGAGAUGACAAGUGCCUGGAUUAGGACCUGUGCCGCUUCCUGUGUAAGGCAGGGUCGUACUCUCCGAAUGUUGUAGAGCAUGAACCUGCAGGAUCGGGUCACCGCCUUGAUGUUAGCGGAGAACGACAGGGUGUUGUCCAGGGUCACGCCAAGGCUCUUCGCACUCUGGGAGGAGGACACAACGGAGUUGUCAACCGUGAUGGCGAGAUCAUGGAACGGGCAGUCCUUCCCCGUUAUCAGAAGGGGGAAAGGAGAAGAUUAGUUGUGUAUCGUCAGCGUAGCAAUGAUAGGAGAGGCCAUGUGAGGAUAUGACAGAGCCAAGUGACUUGGUGUAUAGCGAGAAUAGGAGAGGGCCUAGAACUGAGCCCUGGGGGACACCAGUGGUGAGAGCACGUGGUGCGGAGACAGCUUCUCGCCACGCCACUUGGUAGGAGCGACCGGUCAGGUAGGACGCAAUCCAAGAGUGAGCCGCGCCGGAGAUGCCCAGCUCGGAGAGGGUGGAGAGGAAGAUCUGAUGGUUCACAGUAUCAAAGGCAGCAGACAUGUCUAGAAGGACAAGAGCAGAGGAGAGAGAGUUAGCUUUAGCAGUGCGGAGAGCCUCCGUGACACAGAGAAGAGCAGUCUCAGUUGAAUGACCAGUCCUGAAACCUGACUGGUUUGGAUCAAGAAGGUCAUUCUGAGAGAGAUAGCAAGAGAGUUGGCUAAAUCAUCUGUGGUAAGUACUGAAGCUACAGAGUAAAUGCAGAAGCCAGGCAUUUGAUGUAGUCAAAGCACAUUCAGGAUUAUACCCACUUGUGAAAGUGGAGGUUGGUUAUCCGUAGUGCACAUCAUCAUGACCACAAAUCCAUUUAUUGCAGUAUAAGCAUGUAAACAUCUAGUUAAAUAAUCCACUGACCAUUUCCCCCCUCCCUCCCUCCCCCUCCCUCCCUCCCUCCCUCCCUCCCUCCCUCCUCCCUCCCUCCCUCCCUCCCUCCCUCCCUCCCUCCCUCCCUCUUGCAGCUUCCUACCUGCCCAAGCCCAGUUCCCAACAGUACCAGUUUGUGUAUGUGGAUGGGAAGGGGGAGGUGUGCUCUGCCAGCCCCCAGUUUACCUUCAGUGACCCCAAGCCACUGGAAGACCUGGUCACCCUGGAGGAAGGAGCCCACGGAGAGGAGGGAGGGACUGACAUGCUGCUGGUCGUACCCAGGGCUGAGCUACUGCAGGUGGGCAGAGAGGAGGGGGGGGGGAAGGGUUAAGGAAGAGGGGAGGGGGAAGAGAGGAGGAGAGGAGGGAGGAACAGAUGCUGCAGGUUGUACCCAGGGCUGAACUACUGCAGGUGGGCAGAGAGGAAGACUGAGCAGAUGGGAGAGGGAGGAAAGUAAAGGGAAGUACAUAUUUCCAUCUUUCACUUAUAGAGAGAGUGAAUGAAAUUGGAUGUGAAUGAAAGUGGAUGAAAUGUAUAAACAGAGGUGGUAAUCAAUACACUGUUCCAAAGAGAUGGAAGAUGGAGAUAGAGAUUGAUCAGGUUUUAGGGGGACUCAUUUUCUUUCUCUUUCUCUCUCUCGAUCAGAGUCGCCUGCAAGAGUGUCUGCGUGAGCGGGCCGAACUGCUCCAUGCGCGGGAGGCGGCAGAAAGGAUGAAGCAGAGAGAGAAGGAGAUGUACGGGAGGGCGAGAGAGGCUUGGGACAGAGGACGUGAGGAGCUGGAGAGGAACAUCUCUGAGCUGAAGGAAGAGCUGCGAGAGAGCAGAGACAGGAUGGAAGAGAUGGAGAGGAGGAAGGAGGUAAUGUAACAUUACAAGACGGGGUUAAUGUCCGUGCCAAGGUGAUUUGAUUAUGUCCAAGUAGCCCCAGUGUCUCUGUAAAAUGCGAUUUGACGUAGAAAGACAAGAUCACAACCCCAGAUGUAAAUUAUCUUGUUAUGUUAAAUGUCAAAACAGCAUGAGUUCAUUUACAGGUCAAAUGUGCUUUAUCAUCUACAAGGAGGCUCAUGAUACCAUACUUUAUAGAAUAUAUAGAUUCUAUAAAUCUAUCUCUUUCUCUCUCUCUCUCUCUCUCUCUCUCUCUCUCUCUCUGUCUCUCUCUUCUGCCCUCCCUCCCUCCCCCUCUCUCUCCCCCAUCACAGGAGGUGGAGGCGUCGGGGGAGGCCUUAACUCAGGAGAAGAGUUCCAUACUGGCCAAGAAAGCAGCCAGCGAACAGCGAAUCAGAGAGCUGGAAGAUGACAUUAAAGCUCUGACACUAAAGGCUGUGGAACGAGAGACUGAGCUGGAGAGGUCAGAGACGUCCGGAAAGCGAAUCUCGCUCUCUCUUCGCCCUCUCUCUCUCCUCUCUCUCUCACCCUCUCUCUUCUUCUCUUCUAUCUCUCUCUCUCUAUCUCUCUCUCUCUCUCUCUCUCUCUCUCUCUCUCUCUGUCUCUCUCUCUCUCUCUCUCUCUCCCCAUCCAUAUCUCCCUCAAUCUCUUAUCUUUCCUGUUAUUCUUAAACUAUUUUCUGGUUAAUGCUAACCCUGUCUCUGUGUGUAGGAUGAAGGAGAGGGCCAAGAAGCAAGCAGUUCAAAUGAUGGAGGAGGAGAAAGAGAGGAAAGUUCUGCAGGUACAGAUUUGGAUUUAUUUAGUGCUUUUCAAAUUGUUUUCCGCUAACAACGUGUAGCAUCCUACCUGGGUGAAGCACAGCAGCCAUUUUGUGCCCAACACUAGCCACACAUCAUGUCUGAUCCCAAACUCCUUAUGCUCCGCUUCUUCCUCUCUCCCUGUGUCUUCCUCAGCUCAAGCUGGAGCAGACCGAGGGGGAACUGCGGAGUCUGUCUGCUGAGUUCCAGGGUCUGAGGAGCUCCCUGGCCCAGAGAGACACACAUGCCCUGCAGCUACGGGACACCAUCACCACCCUCACACACAGACUCAACAUGGCACAGAGGAAAGAGGUGAGCAUGGCACCACCCUUACACACCAUCACCACCCUCACACACAGGCUGAAUACAGCACGGAGCAAAGAGGCGAGCCUGGCACCACCCAGAGAGGGAUGAGGACAGUUAAUAAAAGGAUGGAAGGGAUUGGGAGGGGAAAGAACAAAAGACAAUGCAACAGGAAAAUGGCUGUCACUUGUCCUAACCAAUCAUCUAACAAAAACCAUGCUAUUGAGGUUAUUUUAGCGACCAUUGCAAACUUUGCUGGCUGGAAAAAUAGGGAUGGGAAGUUAGAUAGGGAGUGGCAGGGUUGAUCAAAGACAAUGCAACAGGAAAGUACCCAAUGUCCCAUGGCCUCACCAGUCAUCUAACAAAACCAUGCUAUUGUUGUUGAACUAUCAUGGCGUCCCACUCUCACCCUCCUCUCAUCUUUCCUAUCAGGCGGAGAGCAAGGCCGCCCUGGCUGAGAUGUGGGGCCUGCGGGAGCGUCAGGGGGCCAGCGAGCGUUGUGCUGAGGGCCUGAAGGAAGAGCUGUGUGCCCUGGUGGCUCAGAGGGACCAGGGUCAGACAGAGCUGCACCAGGCCAGGCUCCAGGCAGCACAGCUCACCCUGCAGCUAGCUGACUCCAGCCUGACCCUGAGGGAGGGCAGAGCACACUGGGCCCAGGAGAGACAGAGCCUGCAGCGCUGUACUUCGGUAGGACACACCACCACAGACAGUAAUAAUCAUAUGGAUGGACCUAAUCAUAUGAAUUGGAUUUCUCAAGUAGUCAAAUCAUUUCACUGUGAUAGUGACUCUCCAUUGAGGUAGGCCAACCUCUACAGUACUCUCACUCACAACCAUAUAGUACUAAUAUACUCAACUCAGAUUUUAACUAAGAGGUUGCAUUACUAUUUUGGAAAUGAUGCUUGUGUAAGGUCUCCUCUUUCUGUUCCACUAUGUAAGAUAGCUGCAACACCUCACAUCCUCUAGAUAAAUAAUUUCCUGUUCGACCUUGAAUGCAAGUAGCAGAAUGUCCUAGCAGCAAAACAUAUCAACAUUCUUUUGAUGUGAGAUGACUGUGUGGUAGCAGCAAAACAUAUCAACAUUCUUUUGAUGUGAGAUGACUGUGUGGUAGCCUAGCGGCAGGUAGCCUAGCAGUUAAGAGCGUUGGGCCAGUUACCGAAAGGUCGCUGGUUUGAAUUCCUGAGCCUACUAGGUGAAAAAUCUGCCGAUGUGCCCUUGAGCAAGGCACUGAACCCUAAUUGCUCCUGUAAGUCGCUCUGGAUAAGAGCGUCUGCUAAAUUACUAAAUGUUUAUGGUGUGUGUGUGUCCACCUGGUAGAAGGACAGAGAGCGUCUGGAGAAGCUGAAUGGAGAGAUGCAACGGAUGGAGGAGAAGCUUCAGGAGGAGAGGAUGGAGAGAGAGAAGGUGGAAGUGGAGCUGGGAAGAGAGAAGGACUGUAAUCGGGUAAAGAUCAACACAUACUCUACCACAUGUAAAUCAACAUUUCCAGAUAUGACUAGAGACAACAACAAACGUGUAAAUCAAAAUCAACUCUCUAUACACACACUCAAUGUCCUCCAUUGUAAUGAAAACCAUUCAGCUUUGUUGGUCCUGUAUAGCUCAGUUGGUAGAGCAUGGCGCUUGCAACGCCAGGAUUGGGGGUUCGAUUCCGAUAAAAGAGUCCGCUAAAUGGCAUAUUUUAUAUUAUUAUAUAUCUGUGUCAACAUGCUGAAACCUAUUCAAACUGAAAAACGAGUGUCUUUGAUUACUUGUGAUGUGCUGUGCUGCUGGUCAGGCUGUGUAUAGCAGUAUACAACUCCUUCUUUUCAUUACUGCCCCCUGCAGGUGCAGCUGAGUGAGACACGCAGGGAGCUCCAGGAGCUGAAGGCUAGUCUGAGGGUUGUCCAGAAGGAGAAGGAACAGCUGCUGCUGGAGAAACAGGCAAGACCCCUUCUCUACACCUGUCCACCUCUUCCACCACCAUUACCCCUCUCCCACUGUCCACAUACAUGCACAUUUCUGAAUCAACUGCUAUCCCCUACCCACUUCGCCAGACGCUCUCUGUUCUUCUGCCAUGGGGAGACACAUAAAACACACACAGCAGACUUUUUGGAGUGUAAAAUAUGUUCACAAUUAAAAUUCAUAUUUUCCCUAACCCUAAACCUAACCCAAACCCUAACCCUUAACCUUAACCCCAAAAACCCUAACCCUAAACUUAACCCUAAACCUAACCCUAACCCCAAAACCCUAAACCUAACCCUUAAGUUUAAAAUACCAUUUGAACAAAUUCAGGACCUGAAAAAAGUCCUGACCUUUCAAAACAGUUCUUGUUUUCCUACCCUUUCAGGACAUUAAGGUGAAAUUUUAGGACAUUGGGGUCCUGAUAAAGUAGGAAAACUAGUGCACACACACAGACACACACACAAACACACAAAAAUAUACGCACACACACAAAUACACACACACACACACACACACACACACACACACACACAGAUAAUGAUUCCUAUGUGUCUAGAGCUGUAGAGACUAGGGGUUAAUAUGGGGUUGAUACAUAGUUGUCUUGGGAUAACAGUUGUGUGUGUAUAGAUGAGUCUCUGACGUCCCUGCUGUCCUCUGUACAGGACCUGAUGGAGUACAUGCGUCAGGUGGAACAGAGGAUGGAGGCUGUGGCAGACGCCAAGUGGAGCGCUGCAAUGUUCGCCCCCACCAGUGAGCAGACACACCCACACUAAAACAUUGUGGACCCACCCUAACACUGAGCUGUUUGGACAGCAAUACAGCAGUGCUUACAACAAGAGAUUCUAUUUCUACACCGAAUAGUAUCUGAGAUGUCUUGAACCAAUCAUGAGGUAGAUACGUAGAUGGAGACUACAGCCAGGAGUUUUUCCCCAUCAGGGAGAACUCCUGACCUUUGUCGUGCUCUGUUGUUUUCCACUGUGUGUGUCUGACAGGUCUCCCUGAUAGUCCUCUGUCUGACUCUGAGGAUGAGAACCCUGAGGCCCUGCAGCCCCCCCGCCAGCCCUCCAGGCAGCCUCCGCUGUCCUCUUUGUCCUCCCGCCCUCUGGCCCACUACAGCCUGUGUGACCCCCAGGCCCAGCCUGACUCCCUGCUCCCCUCCACCCCCCCUUCCUCCCCCAGGGAUAUGUCACGGUCCCUCUCCCGAGGGGGCGUAGUGAUCAGCCAGCCCGCCCCCCUGUCGUUGCCAAGGCAAUCAGGAGAUACCCUGACACACAGCUCUGAGUCGGUAAGAGGCGUUAUCAGAUGCUCUUACACGCACGCACACACACACACACACACAGUCAUACUGGGCUCAUUUCCUGUACAAUUAGCAUGGCUGUUUCCUAAGGCUGAUAGCCUGGUGAUAACAUGACUUAUCUUCUUAUGAUUGUGACUCAUUUGGUUAAGUCAUUAUCAUGUGAAGGUAAUUAGGCCUGCCUGUGCACUGGCUUAUUACACUAUUAUGUCUUAUUACACUAUUAUGUCUUAUUACACUAUUAUGCUUAUUACACUAUUAUGGCUUAUUACACUAUUAUGGCUUAUUACACUAUUAUGUCUUAUUACACUAUUAUGGCUUAUUACACUAUUAUGGCUUAUUACACUAUUAUGGCUUAUUACACUAUUAUGGCUUAUUACACUAUUAUGGCUUAUUACACUAUUAUGGAUUAUUACACUAUUAUGGCUUAUUACACUAUUAUGGCUUAUUACACUAUUAUGGCUUAUUACACUAUUAUGGCUUAUUACACUAUUAUGGCUUAUUACACUAUUAUGGCUUAUUACACUAUUAUGGAUGAUUACACUAUUAUGGCUUAUUACUGGACGUGUGUAUGAUUACUACAUGUGUUCCUCACUGCUCUCUCUCUCUCUCUCUCUCUAUUUCUGCAUGUGUAUGUGUGUGUGUGUGUGUGUGUGUGCAGGAGGAGGAGGGUGACACAGCCCUAUGUGGAGGACACAGCUCUGGAGAGGAGACAGCUCUGCUGCUGCCUGAGACCACAGUCCUCAGGUAACACACACACUGUCAUUCUCCACACACACACACACACACACACACUGUCCUGUCAUUGUCUUCACACACACACACACAGGCACACACAGGGUUGUUAUUUACGAUGAUAGGCUGAGUAUGGCUCUCAGAGAUGGAAGUUUUCAAUAUCAGGUCGUAAAAGACGUUGAGUGAGGGUGAGGAGAAAGAGAUGGUGUAAGACAGUGUAAGGCACGGUGAGUGACGCAGGGAGGGAGUGAGGGAAGGAUGGGGAGAGGUAGGGAGGGAGGGAGGGGAAGAGGGAGGACAAGGGGACAGAUUCGUUGACAGCAGGCUGUAGCAAUGAUUUGCCUACAGGCUAGUACCGCAGUCACGGGCCAAUUUUCAGCAUCAUUAAAGCACUCUCUCUCCCACCUUUUCACUCUAUAUUUCUCCCUCCCUCGUUCUCUCACCUCUUUUUUUCUCAUACGCAUUCCUUUUCUACAGUUGUGCUGUGCCCUGA